AUACCUCUCGCUAAGGAUCUCCUCCAUCCCUCUCCAGAAGAGGAGAAGAGGGAACACAAGAAGAACCGCCUGGUGCAGAGCGCCAAUUCCUACUUCAUGGAUGUGAAAUGCCCAGGGUGCUGUAAAAUCACCACGGUCUUUAGCCAUGCAGAAACCAUCGUUUUGUGUGUUGGUGGCUCCACUGUUCCCUGUCAGCCAACAGGAGGAAAAGCAAGGCUUACAGAAGGAUGGUUCUUCAGAGGGAAGCAGCACUAA